CUGGAAGCUCGGGCGAAGGGGGGGAAGACACAUUUCUAUUUUACAAUGUCGGUGCGGAAAUGUUUUGGUUUGCCGAGCGCAUAGUACGGAUCCUCGUCCGUUGAGGAAAAAAGGGAGACGCGGACGCCGCGGGGGGGGGGAGAAAACAUUCCAGUGUGCCCAAGGGCUGUGAAAGCCCCUUGGGGAAGCUUCACAGAUUCACACCAACCGAAUAAAAAGACUUUGUCUAUUGCUCUUAUUUUUUUACACGCACAAGCACACACGCACGCACGCACGCAGGCGCACGCCCACACAAGCAAGGACUUUUGAGAGAAUGUUGGAGGUCCAAGAGGAGAGGCCAGCCGCGGCGGGAACAGCAGCGACACACUUCAACAAGAAGGAGCGGGGGAAGAAAGAGAGGGAGGAGGCCAAGGACGGCCGGGGGAACCUCGGGAACAUCGGCAAUCCGGUACCAGGUGCGGGCUCCAGGAACGUGCGGGCCAAGGCGCCGCUCACGCACACGGGCAGUCCUCACCAGCUCAUCACUCCACCCUGCUCUGUGGUCCUGGGAGCCCCAUCAAUGCACUCCAAUAGGCUGAAGAACUCCCCGUCCGCCAACACACAGAGCCCUAAACCCAAGACGGAGGUCAUGGUACGCUCGCCUCCCGUCAUGUCCCCCUCCGCUGCUGCCCAGAUGGACUCUAAACUGCCCAAUCAGGCGAAGCCAGGAAAUGCAGGCAGCCAAUCACAGCCCUCACCGUGCGACCCAAAGACCCUCGGCGCCAAAGGAGCUCAGGGCGUGGCGGGGGGCAUGGGGCUGAAGAACGGCCAGGGCCUGACCUCUGGCCCCAGCUCCAAGGUCAAAGUCAAGAGAGAGAGGAGCACGUCGGUGGAAUCGUACGAACAGCCGGAGACGGGAACGCCCACCAGUGAGGAGAAAGACGGUAGCAGGGUGAAGAGGAUGUGUGUGGCAGAGAGGAGGCAGCCCUACAGUGGAGCCGACUGGUGCUCUGGAGGAGAGAGUGAUGAGGAUGACAAAGGAUUCUUCAACUGUAACUCCAGCGAUGUGAAGCCCCAGGACUCAAUUUCCCAUCCUACCUCCAACACCGGGCUUAGCCGCUCCUCCACACCCUCCCAUAAUGCCCUGGGGGGCCAGGUCUCUGCAGUCGAACCCACCAGCGGCCAGAAACCGGGCUCCAAAGUUGUUUAUGUCUUCACCACAGAGAUGGCCAACAAGGCAGCUGAUGCAGUUCUAACUGGCCACACAGAAAACAUCAUUGCCUUCCACAUGAAAAACAUCUCUAACAGCAAGGACAAGGCUCACCUUCUCCUGAACAAUCCAGCAGCAGCCCUCCGAAAUGACACCAAGCCCCCCCAGCAGCCGCCGUCCCACCCACAAGAUCAGAACCACCAAUCUGGAUCCAAGCCGUCCUUACCUGGCAUGACUGAGCCGGCUCCACCGCAGCCCUCCAACCAGGGGUCCCAAUCCACCGGGCUCCCUUCGGAGGGGUCGUCUUCAGCUGGCAUGGAGCAGAAAAAUCUUCCCAGCAGUAGUCCGAAUAAUGCUACCGCCCCGGUUGAACAACCUCCCGUCACCCAGCCGGAGGCAGGCCUUAACCCUCCGCAAGCAGGUGAAGGGGGACAGGGCGGGGGCCCCGGGACCACGGGGCUGACACCCCAGCAGCAGCAGCAACAGCAGCAGCUGGCACAGGAAUUGUUGAACAUGGAGGCAAACACUGAGGGCCUGUCGCAGGAGCAGCUGGAGCAUCGGCAGCGCUCUCUGCAGACCCUACGAGACAUCCAGCGCAUGCUCUUCCCAGAUGACCGCGAAGCCCCACCUCCAGGACCCCCGCAAUCUCAUGGUGGACCUCACGAUGGAGGCCCCGACGGUGGACCACGGAGGCCUGAGCAGGGCCCCCUCCAGGCCAUGAUGGCUCAGUCCCAAAGCCUUGGUCCACCAGGGGGACCUGGAGGCCCCCGACCCCAAGGACCCCCCUUUGGUCCACCACAUGGCCCCAGAGACAUGCCCCCCUUCCCACAGGAUGAAAUGGGCCCACACAUGGGAGGUCCUGGGGGCUGUGGAGAAGGUGAACAGAUGACCCCAGAGCAGGUAGCGUGGUUAAAGCUGCAGCAGGAAUUUUAUGAGGAAAAGAAGCGGAAACAGGAAAUGCAACACCGUCCCCUGCCUCCUGAUAUGAUGAUGCACCCCCAUGGUCCACGUGGCAUGAUGCGAGGGCCCCCUCCUCCUUACCAGAUGGGCCCGGGAGAGAUGUGGGGUGGACCAGGAGGGCCACCAGAGCACUACCAGGAGCGCAUGGGCAUGGGCCCUGGCCCCAGGGGCAUGCCACCCCAUAUGCAGAGGAUGCCUGGCUUCUCUGGUAUGAUCAACCCUGAGAUGGAGGGACCCCCAAGGCCUGGCAUGGGCUGGCCUGAUGACAUGCCCCCCCGGAUGGGAGAUGCACGGAGCUUCCCUGGGGGACCUGGGGGAAUGUUUACUGGGCCUGGCGGUCGGGGUGAGCGCUUCCCAAACCCACAGUCUGUCCAGGAGGCAAUGUUUCAUCAGGGGAUGGGUGGGGAGAAGGGCCUCCCUCCUGGUAUGAUGAUGGACAUGCAAAGGAUGAUGGGCCACCAAAGAGGCGGUAUGGAACCUGGUAAUAGCAUGGGUAUGUUUCCCAGGAUGCCAGGUGACGGCCCCAUGAGUCCGUCCUCCCGGCUGCAGGGAAUGGGGGGCAGAGAAAUGGGGCCUGAGUUUGGCAUGGGCCCUGGCCCUGGGCCAGGCCCUCACAUGCACCCUUCCAAACUUCGAGAUCCCCCAAUGAAUAUGAGCCCAGAUGAGAUGAUAAGAAUGAGACCAGGUGGAGGACCACCAAUGGAGAGCAUGGGCCCCCAGAGCAGGCCUAUGCAGGGGCCUCCCUUCCCUGAGCAGGCCCAGCCAGGAGAUUUUCCCAUGGGGCCCGGUCGGCCCUUCCCUGGAGGACCCGGUGGAAUGAGGGGUCCUCAUGCAGAGCAAACAUUCGGCCCAGAACACCGAUCCACUCCUACAGGGGGUAAUGGCCGCCUCAACCACCUCCCCCAAGCUGGUGGCCCUUCACAAGGCCAGAGGGGUCGAAAACCAGCUGAUCUGAAUGUCCAGGCAGGUGGUGGUAACUCUCCCAGUGUCAACCCACUCAAGUCACCUCCUCUGAGGCAGGUGCAAUCUCCCAUGAUGGGCUCCCCCUCUGGAAACCUCAAGUCUCCUCAGACACCGUCUCAGCUGGCUGGAAUGCUCACCGGUCCUACAGGUCCCAACGCCCCUCCUGCUCCGCCAACGUCUGCACCCAUGAAGUCCCCCCACUCCAUGAUGGGCUCUGCAGGAGCCUCGCCAGUGCAUAUGAGGUCUCCUUCUCUUCCUAAUCCCUCACCUGGAUGGGCUUCGUCACCAAAACCACCCAUGCAGAGUCCUGGAGUGCCUCCUCAAAGUGGCAAGCCCCCCCUCAGUAUCACCUCACCAAACAUGAUGGGCAACAUGGAACAAGGUGGUAAUGGUCCUCCAUCAGCGCCUCCUUCGUCAGGGGCUCCGUCUGGCUCCAUGUCUCUCCCAGGCAGCGUCCCAUCUGGCAGCCCCUACACCAUACCGCCUGAACCAACGCUAUCCCAGAACCCUCUGUCCAUCAUGAUGUCACGUAUGUCCAAGUUUGCAAUGCCCAGCUCCACCCCACUUUACCACGACGCCAUCAAGACUGUGGCUAGUUCUGAUGAUGACUCACCACCUGCACGGUCUCCUAACCUGCCUAUGAACAAUAAUGGUAUGGGAAUGAAUCACCACCAAGGCAAUCCCCGCAUGAUGGGACCUGGAAACUCCGGUCCCAUGCCUGCCCUCAGCCCUCUGGGCAUGGCUCCCAUGGGAUCCCAACCCCUUUCCCACGGCAUGCCCCCUCAGAUGCCCUCACCAAACGCCCCGAAUAUGGGCCCAGGCAUGAUGCCCCAUGGCAUGAUGAUUCCCCCCAAUCCCCAAGACCCUGGUAUGGCAAACCCUCAGAUGAUGGCCCAGGGACGCAUGGGCUACCCUCACCGAGGCCAGGGCUACCCUCUCACCCAGUCCCCUUCCCAGCAAGGGCCUUUCUCCCCUCACAAUGGUCCUGGACCCCAAGGAUUCCCUGGCCACCCUAUGGGCUUCCAGGGAGAGGGAGGCCCCAUGGGGGGGCGGAUGGGAAACAUGCCCCAUGGAGGAGGGAGUGAUGGGGGCAUGUGUAAACCCAACACCUCCGGGGGACCGGAGUUUAACAACAUGCAGGGGGGGUUCAGUGAUGCAGACCUGCAUGAGGUAAUGCGGCCUGGAGCGUCUGGCAUCCCUGAGUUUGACCUGUCCAGAAUAAUCCCCUCAGAGAAGCCCAGCCAGACACUGUCCUACUUCCCCCGAGGCGGAGGAGGAGACAAUGCGGGGGGCAAGCAGCCGCACCCUUCUAGUUUCCCCAUGCAGGGCAUGAUGGGUGAUGGCCCCCCCAGAAUGGGGAUGCCAAUGCAGGGGAUGGGGGGAAUGCCGGGAGGGCCCGGUGGGGGAAUGGGCCCCCAAGACAUGCCCAUGGGAAACCCUGGCCACAACUCAAUGCGUCCUCCUGGCUUCAUGAGCCAGGGCAUGAUGGGUCCCCAGCACCGGAUGAUGUCUCCUGGGGGGCCAGGGGGGAUGAUGCAGGGCAGACAAAUGGCCCACCCAGGCCCCGGAGGCUCACCUAACAUGAUGAUGUCACUACAAGGCAUGGGUGGCCCCCCGCAGCAGACGAUGAUGAUGAUGGGGGGACAGAUGAGGCCUCGUGGCAUGGACAUGGACAUGGGGUUCAGUCCGGGCCCAGGAAUGUUCUAAUCCAACAGAAAAAAAACCUUGUAUCUAGAAUGUUCACAGACGAUACACAAGGAUGGAGUAAAUGAUCGCAGGGCUUGGAGGGCGUUGGCGAAAACAAGAUGGACUCACGUAAAGGAAAUACAAUGUGAGAGACAGGAUGUACCUGGAAAUGGAAAGGUACGGAGUAAACCAGUGACCCAGUAAUGUCCUGUGGGAACUAUUCCAACGGAGACUUGGACAGGCCCAAAGUGGAGUACUUCUGUCACAAGAACAUUUCAUUUUUUUGACUCAUGAACUUCAGAAUGUAUGGGAUUGUUGUGCAUCAAUUUCGCAAAACUGUUCCUUGUGUUUAUUUUUUUUUCUUUUUGUUUUCUUUUUCCUUUUUUUUUUUUUUUUGAUUAUCAGACUAUAAAGAUGACGUCGACAUCAAAGAGGAAUCAACUUAACUAAAAGUCAGCGUGGAGAUGCUACAGUAUAUGUCUACUUUUUCAAGUAAAAAAAAAAAAUCAAAUUUGUCACCUAAGCGGUAAGGAACAAGAGAAAGGAAUAAAGACAAUUUGUGCUUUGUGAAGACCUUCGUGGAACUCCAUCUUGUCUCUCACUCCAUUGUUUUGACUGUUUCUGUACAGUAUAUACCUGUGUGUGAGUGUGUGCGCGCGACAGAGGCUGUACGUUUGUGUUGAUAUGUAAGUAUGUAUGUGUGUCUGUAUGUAUAGGCAUUCUAUCAGUGACCUCUCAGCUCCUCCCACCCAACUUUCAUUGGGGGAGGAAGGCCCCCUUAAAAAUACUGUACUGUUUACCAUUGGUGGGCUCUUCGAAUUUUAGUCUAUUUUAAUUUCCUUUGUAACUCCAGUGUAUAACAAACCAAACUAUGACCUCAUUAAGAUAAUAGUAUUAUUAAAAAAAGCACAAACAUGGACCGUCUGCAGAAAGCGUCUUCUUUCUCCAUUUUACCGUUGAGAGCAGCACUGAAGCGUCGAGUGUCCCGACGGCUUCGCGGCACCGGGGAUAAUCUCGGAAGUCUAUUUUAAGGACGCGGGUUUAGAAAUUUAACUUGGUGCUCCGAGGCUCUCGGGAGUCGACUUGCCGGUGUGAAUUAUACUGCUAAUACCCAGAUAUGUGCUAUGCGUGUUCUGCUUCUUGUUCCUGUUGUUUGUUUUUUGUUGUUUGUUUUCUCUCGUCGACUCUGGGUAAUAAUCAUUCCCAUAGCAAUAACAUCCCCCCCCCACCCACCCACCCACCCCCAAGUGGUCAGCAGAAUGGGACAGGAUGUGGCCGAGUGCCACAGCAGGCAUGUCAGGUGUUCUAGAGCUAGGUAGGUCUGGGUAACGUUAGUCCAAGGCAGGUGGUGGUGUCCAGAGCAAGAUACACAGAAAUGUAAACGCUUACCAUCCAGUUGACUUCCUCUUCUCUUUUCUCUUAUUGUAUAAGCUUGUCAUGUGUUUCUCCAUUUGCUUUGGUGCAGAAUAGCCUGCCAGGGCUGUGGUGAUGGACUACAAAUAAAAAGAUAUU